UGCAUCAGCCACAUCAUGUUCAACAAAAUUCUGCUGUUGUCUCUUCAAAUAAGUCUCCUAGGAACCACGCUUGGCGGGAACAUUCUGAUCUGGCCAAUGGAAGGUAGUCACUGGCUAAAUAUUAAGAUAAUCAUAGAUGAGCUAAUUACGAAACAGCAUAAUGUGACUGUUCUAGUUGCCUCUGGUGCACUUUUCAUCACCCCAUCAGUUAGCCCAUCUCUGAAAUUUGAAAGGUAUAAAGUACCCUUCAGCAAAGAAACUAUAGAAGGAAUGAUCAAGAAUUUUGUUUUGACUUGGCUGGAACAUAGACCAUCUCCUUCAACCCUUUGGAGAUUCUAUCAGGAGAUGACCAAAGUCAUAGAGGACUUCCAUAUGGUGUCCAGAGAUAUUUGUGAUGGUGUUCUUAAAAAUGAAAAGCUGAUGGAAAAGCUGAAGAAAGGCAAUUUUGAAGUUCUGGUGUCAGAUCCAGUAUUUCCUUGUGGUGAUAUAGUAGCUUUAAAACUGGGAAUUCCAUUUAUUUAUUCUUUGAGGUUUUCUCCAGCCUCAACAGUGGAAAAGCACUGUGGUAAAGUUCCAUACCCUCCUUCCUAUGUUCCUGCUAUUUUAUCAGAACUCUCCGACAGAAUGUCUUUUGCUGACAGAGUAAGGAAUUUUAUCUCCUACCAUCUACAGGACUACAUGUUUGAAACUCUUUGGAAAUCAUGGGAUUCCUACUAUAGUAAUGCUUUAGAUUGUAGCCAUUGGUUAAAUAUUAAGAUUAUAAUAGAAGAGUUGAUUCAAAGAAAUCACAGUGUCACCGUACUGGCUUCAUCAGAAACUCUGCUCAUCAACUCCAGUCCUAAUUUUCCUGUGAAGUUUGAAGAGAUACCUGUUUCUUACAAGACAAGAAAUCUAGACUCCAUAAUUGAACAUAUGAUAAUGCUGUGGAUAAACCACAGACCAACUCCUUUCACAAUGUGGACUUUCUACAAAGAACUAGGAAAACUCCUAGAUACUUUUUUCCAAAUUAAUAUACAAAUCUGUGAUGGUGUAUUAAACAACCCUUCAUUAAUGGCAAGACUUCAGAAUGGUGGUUUUGAUGUGUUGGUAGCAGACCCAGUUACAAUCUGUGGUGACCUUGUUGCUCUCAAAUUAGGAAUCCCAUUUAUGUACACAUUAAGGUUUUCUCCAGCCUCAACAGUGGAGAGAAACUGUGGGAAAAUCCCUGCACCAGUGUCCUAUGUUCCUGCAGCCUUGUCAGAGCUCACUGACCAGAUGACCUUUGGUGAAAGGGUUAAAAAUACAUUAUCUUAUUCUCUACAAGACUAUAUAUUUCAAUCCUACUGGGGAGAAUGGAAUUCAUACUACAGCAAAGUACUAGGAAGACCCACUACAUUAUGUGAGACUAUGGGCAAAGCUGAAAUUUGGCUAAUCCGGACAUAUUGGGAUUUUGAAUUUCCUCGUCCAUACUUACCUAAUUUUGAGUUUGUUGGAGGAUUGCACUGUAAACCUGCCAAACCUUUACCUAAGGAAAUGGAAGACUUUGUCCAGAGCUCAGGGGAAGAUGGUGUUGUUGCAUUUUCUCUGGGGUCAAUGGUCAAAAACCUCACAGAAGAAAAGGCCAAUCUCAUUGCCUCGGCCCUUGCCCAGAUUCCACAAAAGGUCUUAUGGAGAUACCAAGGAAAGAAACCAGCCACAUUAGGAGCCAAUACUCGAAUUUUUGAUUGGCUACCUCAGAAUGACCUUCUUGGUCAUCCUAAAACCAAAGCUUUUAUCACUCAUGGUGGAACUAAUGGGAUCUAUGAAGCUAUUUAUCAUGGGAUCCCUAUGGUGGGAAUCCCCAUGUUUGCUGAUCAACCUGAUAACAUUGCUCACAUGAAGGCCAAAGGAGCAGCUGUGGAGGUGAACUUCAACACAAUGACAAGUGCGGAUUUGCUCAGUGCUUUGAGAACAGUCAUUAAUGACCCUUCUUAUAAAGAAAAUGCCAUGAGGUUAUCAAGAAUUCAUCAUGAUCAGCCUGUAAAGCCCCUGGACCGAGCUGUCUUCUGGAUCGAGUUUGUCAUGCGCCACAAAGGAGCCAAGCACCUACGGCCAGCCUCCCAUGACCUCACCUGGUUCCAGUACCACUCUUUAGAUGUGAUUGGAUUCUUGCUGGCCUGUGUGACAACUGUUAUAUUCAUGGUCACAAAAUGUUGUUUGUUUUCUUGUAAAAAAAUUGGAAAGACAGGAAAGAAGAAAAAAAGGGAAUAGGUCAAGAAAAGAGGAAACAGACCUUUCUAAGUUUGGCAAAGUCCACAAUUGUGAAAUCCUAUUGAUUCUAGACACAAAAAGCUUACUGAAAAUCCAUCUCUGCUUUCUGUUUUCAGAUAUCCCCUUCUGGGCUGGGGGUAUAGCUCAGUUGGUAGAGUGCUUGCCUAGCAUGCACUGGGUUCAAUUCCCAGUGCCACAAAAAAGAAAAACAAAAAUCCCAUUCUUCUGACUUAGUCUAGAGAAAAGCCUAGGUCUCAACAUGACCAUUAACUAGUGAGUAUGUCCCAUUAAGAAUAGUUAAUUCUUCCUUUCUUCCUCUCACUUUCCUGACACAGGGGCACUACAAAGUCUAAAUAUGUUCUUUUCAUAAUGUAAUUUUAAAUUUUUAAAAAUCAAUUUAUGCACUGACUAAAAAUAUACCAAAUCCUAGGGAAAACACAAAGUUUAAAUGGAAUUUGAUGGAUGUAAGGAAAUCAGGAGUCAAAUUCACAAGUCCCCAAAGACCACACAAAUCAAUAACCACCACAGGAAAUUAGUUAACAAUUUUAUUUUUAAAUUAAGGAAAAUAAAACACUCCUCUGCUUCUCCAUUGUUACAGCGAUUACAGCAUGAAUUUAUAACUGUGACAGUAUAUCAUGGUGGGUCUACAACAUUUUCACUGAACACAUUUAGAUAAUCAUGGUCUUUUUCCUGCUUUUCUUCAACAAAUAUUCUUGUUUGCCCUCUGCUGUAGGGAUUUGGAUACUGUCUCCAUAAAGGGAAGACAUGAAUUAUUUUUUUCAGAGUCAGUAAUAUGUUAAAGAUGAAAUGAUCAUUUUUAGAGAAUAUAAUUAGAAAAAGAACAAAAUUAGUAAUUUUAUAAAAUUUUUAAGUAAUGGUACUAUUAAUAAGUGCUAAUCCAUAUAUUUUAAAUCACUAAUAUUCAUAAUUUAUGAUCACUAUUUAUAAUCAAGUUUAAUUUUCUGCCAAAAAAUAUUUACUAAGAAUUUAAGAUUGCUGUUUCCAGUUUCUAUAAGUUUAAAUUCACCUAUUAAUUCUUAUGCUAAAGAUACAUGAGUCUACCAGCUUGAAUAAGAACAUGUUAAAAUAAAUAUUCAUUAUUUAAGGCAAAUAAUACUAUUUGAAUCAUCUUUGAAUUAAUAACAUUUAUAAACUUAAUGGCAUGUAUAAUUCUUUUAAUUUCAGUAUUUGAUAUAUAAUUGAUAUAAGUGACAUUCAUUGGCUUAGUCUUAUUUGUUUUAAUGUAGUUUAUUGAAAACUACUCCAUUUAAAAAAAAUAACUAUGUGGCAAUGUAUGUCUUUGUGAAUAUAUGCAUUACAGAAAAUGCAAAUAAAUUGUUUGUGAAGGCUGAAAAUGUA